AAAAGGCUAAAAAAUUAGGCGCUCUCUGCCAGAGUGCUUUCAACGCGAUAUAAAUAUAACUAGGGCAAAGGUUUGCUCCUCCAUCAUCGACCUUCAACCAAUUCCAUGUACGCUGGAGGUUGUGGCUCUUCUCGUCUACUCGGUUUCUCCUAUCAAACUCGACGACAGCGGCAGUAGCUGAGGCCGUCGUUUGACCUGCCGGUGCGAUCUACCUCUUCGUCGAUCGCGAUCAAUCCGAAGAGAACAAGACGUUAUCAGAAUCCGAAGUCUAUUAUUGAAUGCAGGGUUUGGGAGUAUUCGGUUGUGUGUUUACAUAGGUAUAGGAACUUGGCAUUCACAAUUUUGGUGCGUUCUUGUUCAGAAAGCUUGGUCUAGAAUAUGUCAAGUAAGAAAGAAGAGAAAGCUCAGGCUGCAGCUGAAAGAAUCAAGGCUGCAGCCUUGAGUGCAGCAAAAGGUCUUAGUAGAGCUCAGGCAGAGAGAGCUGCUGCAGCCGCAGCCCGAAAUGUUAAUGCGUAUGGGCAGAAAGAGGAAGGACCUAGCAGAUGGCAGGAGAAAAGAGAAGCAAAGAGACAAAUGUACUUGAUGAGUACUGAAAAGGCAGUGAGAUUGGGUGAACGAAAAGACCUCAAGGCUAAUAUGUCUAACAUUGGUGGGGCGGUCUCCCAAUGCCAAAAGUGUUUUCAACCUGGACACUGGACAUAUGAGUGCAAGAAUGAACGGGUUUAUAUCUCAAGGCCCUCGCGGACCCAGCAAUUGAAGAAUCCGAAAUUGAGGAUGAAGGCAGCAAUCUCAUUAGAUUUAGAUAGUCGAGACAGUAAGGAGGAGAAGAGUGAAAAACAGUCGAAGAAAAGCAAAAGGAAGCAUCAACCAGAUUCUGAUUCUGGCAGUGACAGUGAGGCUUCAGUUUUUGAGACUGAUAGUGUAUCAUCAUCAGUCACAGGAUCUGAUGAUUCUUCAGAGGAGAGUAGUUCGGGUUACAGUUCAUCUGAUUCAGAGGACAGGAGACGUAGGAGGAGGAAGAAGAAGCAAAAGAGGGGGAGGCGUCGAAGAUACAGCUCAUCGUCUGAGUCGUCUGAUUCAGACUCGGCAUCAGAAUCUGAUUCCGAUUCAGAUGAUAAAAGCAGCAGGAGGAAGAGCAGGAGGCACAGCAGAAAGCGUUAACUUGUCAAAAGCAUGGAGGAGAAGGGAAAGGGGAAGGAUCUACGGCUUAAGACAAGUUUAUUGAGCUGCACUCCGAUGAAUGCUCACGGAUUUACCGGCCAGGCCUGGAUGUUUAAAUUUGCUAGUUUGAUGUUUCUUUUUGACUGUUUGUAUCAUGUUGAAAUUUUACUGUACUAUUUCUAGUUUUCCCGCUAAAACUAUGGGGCUCGGCUUGAUGCAUGCUGGGCCCGUCAGUAAAUAAAGGGCCUGUGCUGUGUCAGGGUCAAAAAGAUAAUUAAGGCCUGUAACUCAAUGACCUGUCAUGUUAUGGGCGUUUGUUUAGAUAGCUGUUCAUUUGAGGUCAUUUGUCCAAGCCCAUCAAGUUUGUUUUAGGCCUGAAAGUUGAAAUUCGGUCCACUGUUAAUUGUUUGGGCGGGUCCAUUCAGUAAUACUGCGCAAAUUAAUAUA